CACCGGCCACACGCACCUUCACACCGGCUCCCUGCUCCGUGUGACACCGCAGCAGAGAGCUUGGGUGUGUUUUUUUUUUCCCUCCGCCUGGUAUUGAGAACUACUGAUGGGAGCCUCGGUGCCGACUCGGUGUGCGCACAGUGAUCCUCUCCAGCUGAACAGCCCAGAGUGAGCGGAGGCUGCAGGAGCGCUCGGUCGGACCAGGAGGAACCAUGAAGUUGACGGUCCCCCUCCUCCUCCUCCUCUUGUCGGCGUCCUGCCCGGUGUUCCCCGCCGAAGUCACCGGUCAAAGUGAGUUUGUGUCCUUGGCGGAGAUGGAAGACCUUCUGCUGAGGAACCUGUUCCAAGGCUACCAGCGCUGGGUCAGGCCCAUCCAGCACUCCAACAGCACGAUUAGAGUACGCUUCGGAUUGAAGAUCUCCCAGCUGGUUGAUGUGGAUGAGAAGAACCAGCUAAUGACAACUAACGUUUGGCUGUGGCAGGAGUGGAUCGAUAACAAGCUGCGAUGGAAUCCAGAGAAAUACGGAGGAAUCACUUCGAUCAGAGUUCCCUCUGAAAACAUCUGGCUCCCGGACAUCGUCCUCUAUGAGAAUGCUGAUGGGCGUUUUGAGGGCUCCCUGAUGACCAAAGCCAUUGUCAGGUACAAUGGUGCCAUCACCUGGACGCCCCCUGCUAGUUACAAAUCAGCCUGCACUAUGGAUGUCACCUUCUUCCCCUUCGACCGCCAGAACUGCACAAUGAAAUUUGGCUCCUGGACAUACGAUGGGAACAUGGUGGACCUGAUUCUGAUAGACACCCAUGUCGAUCGGAAGGACUUCUUCGAUAACGGCGAGUGGGAGAUCCUCAGUGCCACUGGUGCCAAAGGGACCAGGAGGGACGGCAUGUAUUCAUACCCCUUCCUCACGUAUUCCUUCAUUCUGAAGCGGUUGCCAUUAUUCUACACCCUGUUCCUCAUCAUCCCUUGUUUGGGUUUGUCCUUCCUGACCGUCCUGGUGUUUUACCUUCCCUCAGACGAAGGGGAGAAGCUGUCACUGUCUACCUCUGUCCUCGUGUCGCUCACUGUGUUCCUCCUCGUCAUAGAGGAAAUCAUCCCCUCAUCCUCCAAGGUGAUCCCGCUCAUCGGAGAGUACCUGCUCUUCAUCAUGAUCUUUGUCACACUCUCCAUCAUCGUCACCGUCUUCGUCAUCAAUGUGCACCACCGCUCGUCGGCCACCUACCACCCCAUGUCGCCAUGGGUUCGCACUCUCUUUCUCCAGAAACUGCCGAGGUUGCUCUGCAUGCGUGGACACACUGAUCGCUACCACUACCCAGAGCUGGCUCCUGAAAGCCCUGAGCUGAAGACUCGCUCUGGAGGUCGGAGAGGAGGCGGGAAGGCCAACAGCUCAUUGCACGGACAGACGACUUCUGACGGGAAGGAAGAAGAGGCCUGGGCUACCAUGUUGGACAAAGCCAUCUACUCUGUGCGCUACAUCAGUAGACAUAUUCGCAAAGAACACUUCAUCCGGGAGGUGGUGCAAGACUGGAAGUUUGUGGCCCAGGUGUUAGACAGGAUCUUCCUGUGGGCUUUCCUCACUGUUUCAAUCCUGGGCACUAUCCUCAUCUUCACUCCAGCUCUGCAGAAGUUCAUGAAAGUCCUUCCUCCACCUGUAAGUGAGGAGCCACCUUCAAACUAGUAGCAAUAACACACCCUUUCCAAACGCAGCUGACGAGCCACCUCCAAGAAUCUGCAGACCACUGAGCAUGAUGACGCCACUACCGGUGCUUUGAAAAAAAGAAGAACUAUGACUCUCAAGAUUUUUAGUUGGUUAGGUUUCUUCUUUAGACUUCCUGUUCAAAGUCGUCUGUAUGAAGUCAGUAUGUGUGUCGUUUCUCUGCACAUUACAGUCGAAAAUUAUUAUGAUGCUUUCAGGUUUUGUUUACAGACAAUUUAGACAAUCUUAGUGAAAACUGUUGCAACCUGUGCUGCUUUUCAGCCAGUUUAUUGCCAAAGUAGUUACACUUUAAACUCUACACAUAGUUGCUUUAAGUAGCAUGCAGGCAUCAAAACACUUGAAUAAACAUACUCCUCACUUUAGAAAGGUAUUUAAUGUAAAGUUAAAUGAAAUAUAAACCAACUUAAUUUAGCAUAAAAUUAAACCAUAAAAUGAUUUGUGUACUCAGCCCACUUAGGCACUUAACUGCAGUUGACUUAUCAUUUUCACCUGGUCGCAACAAAUAAUUUUCUGUGAUGAAUCCUUAAAAACUAUCAUCUAAAAUUCCUGAUGUUAUGGUAUCACUCAUACAUAGCUAUUCUGCUUUUGUUAGCACUUACCUGAAGCACAAAUUACCUCUUACUGUAACUACUUUUUAGUUUUUUAGUGUAUGUUAACAAAUGACUUAAUCUCUCAAGGCACCAACAACUUUGAGCUACCUUCUUCAUUCAUGAGAAAAACAACAUCCUUUUAUAUAUUUGCAAAAUCUCUGAAGACUUAACUAUACAUCAGGGGAAUAAAGCCAUUAAAUGACUGAUCAGGGAUCUAAUAUGUGAAGCUGUAUCCUAACUGCUUGUAUCAUUUUUUCUCCAAAAUACUUGUCUUUUUCACACUCUUCAAAAAAAUCACUAUAUAUUGAUCACAGCAGUUAGUGAAACAAUUUCAAGCAACAUAAUAUAAAGUGUAUUGAAUAAAUGAAGGGCAUUAUAUUUGGACAUUUUGUCCCCAUCAUGUUAAUCUCUGCUGCUGUUCAAGUAAAACAUUUAUUCCCCCUCAAAUGAGAAGAAUUCUAGAAAACAUACUUAAACUGUAUAGAUAGAUAGCAUGGGUGAAGUGGCAGCUCCACCCAGUGGUAAACCAGAGAGAUGCAGAAAAUGUCCAUUUCAGAGAAAAAAAACAACAGAGUACAAAAUGUAGUGUUUUUCCCUUGUUUUUUGUUGAAAUAAAUGUGCGAAAUAAAUUCUUAUUUUUUCUUCUCAUGCAUUAAAAUCGAAUUGAUUGAUAUGAAAUGCAAGACAGAAAUUACAUCUGUUUCUUGUUUGAAUCCUUGUUCCAAUGUUAAGCACAUUUUCAUUAUUUGCAUGCAGUAUGUUCAAAACAAGACACUUCGACAUUAAAAAGAACCAUUUCAUUUGAUUUGAUUUUAACAUUUAUUGAAUAAAAUGUG